GCUGUUCAAAAUUCUCCAGCACAGCAACACAGUGAGAAUGGGCUAGACAGACACCUGCAAGAAAGCAUUCUCAGCCUCUGUUUUUGUUGAGUUCUGCACAGUCCUCAAUAUGACUGAUGGGGACUAUGAUUAUCUGAUCAAGCUCCUAGCCCUGGGAGACUCUGGAGUUGGGAAGACCACCUUCCUCUACAGAUACACGGAUAACAAGUUUAACCCCAAAUUCAUCACCACAGUGGGAAUCGACUUCAGGGAAAAGAGAGUGAUAUACAGUAAUUCAGGACCAAAUGGCACUGCCGGGAAAAAUUUUAAAGUUCACCUACAGCUCUGGGACACUGCCGGACAAGAAAGGUUCCGAAGCCUCACCACGGCCUUCUUCCGAGAUGCCAUGGGCUUUUUAUUAAUGUUCGACCUCACAAGCCAGCAAAGCUUCUUAAACGUCAGAAACUGGAUGAGCCAACUCCAAGCUAAUGCAUAUUGCGAGAAUCCAGAUAUAGUAUUAAUUGGGAACAAAGCAGACUUGUCUGAUCAGCGAGAGGUUCAGGAAAAGCAAGCAAAAGAGCUGGCAGAUAAAUAUGGGAUACCAUAUUUUGAGACUAGUGCGGCUACUGGAUCAGACGUUGAUAAAGCAGUAAUCACGCUCUUGGAUUUAAUAAUGAAGCGCAUGGAGCAGUGUGUGCAGAAGACAGCACCCGAGUCUGCCAACGGAGGGGGCUCAGGAAAGCUAGAGGCUGUGCAGCCCCAGGAGAAGAAGUGUGCCUGUUAGACUGCAAGCUAAACAGUCCCCCUUUAAAGAAAAUCCCAACAAUGGACAAAAAAGAGAAAAGUUAUGUUAUUUAAGCAUGGAAGAUGUUUGGUAGGUAGCUGUAAGAUAGACUUGUCAGGCCACAUUUGGCUAUACCAUAAAGAUUUGCUUGAGCAUCCAAUUCUCAAUACUGUAUUAUAUAAAGUAGAUAUUGAACAUAACACUGUCCUGGCAAUAUAAUGAGCACCAUCUUUGUGGAUGUUAUUAGUGGCAAGUUUGGCCAGUCUGUGACAUGGCCUCCAGAUAUCAAAGAUUCAUAAUCCAGAGUCUCAGAGUCUGAAGUGUUCGGCCAUGCUUGCUUUUCUUUUUCAUUCGAAUAUGUUUGAUUGAGUCUAUUAAAUCUCCAUCCAGGACCAGACUUGUACUAAUACAGUUUUAAUUAUAUUGAGAUGUGGUAACUGGGCAAAGGUUACAUGUUGUACGUGAGGCAGUCAUAGUUGAAUUGUAUUAUUUCUUUACCGACUGGCAUGGGUGCAUACACGAUAACAAUGUCUCUAUUAAAAAAUUUAAAAUUUAAAAAAAUAUAUAAUUUUAAAGAGCGCAGUGGUCUGCUUCCUCUCCUGAUUUAAAUCCUGAUCAGGCUGACCAGUGUCUACUUUCAAGAUGAUUCCAUCUUAUUUCUGGCAGGACAGUGUACUAUAUACUAUACUCUAAACACAAAUGUAAGAUGCUUCAGUAAAUCUGCUCUUUAUAUACUGUACAGUUGUGAAGGUAAAAUCUCUGGUAUUAAAUAGUAAAAUAAUGGAAACUCUUAUUCAUUCAUAUUUAAGAUUGUUUAAUUAAAUGCUGUAUUCAUAUUCAUUAAUUAUCACCUGGAUAGCUGUUGCUAUAUUUGUGCCAAACCUGUUUUUCCCUUUUCAGUACUCACAUGAGCCUGGUGCGUUUGACAAGACUGCCUUAGAUGAUCAUAGGACAAAGGUGGUGGUUGAGAUUUUUUUUUACCCUGAAGUGUAAAUUAUUCUCAUUUGUUCCAAAAGAUUAAAAAAAAAGAGAACAUGUUAAGGGUAAUAAAAAUUAACACAUGCCAGGUUAAAAUUAAAGGCUUUUCAACUAACACACUAUUUAAAUAAACCAUACCUAUUGUGCACUUCCAUUCGUUAUAAACUGGAAGUAUCACGUGUAUUGUUAUUUUAAAUCGUGCCACUGGUUCUACACUGAUAAAUAAAUACCUGUUUGCAAGCCUUGCUUUCGGGUUAUCUUGCACUUCCUUUGGUCAGUUCACUUGGAGAGUGAAAUUAUCCCACCCCCUAGAACGCCUUAUUUCCUGUCACUAACCAACUAAUGGUAAAAUGAGCUAGAAAGUGAAACAGUAACAUACUUCCUGAAAAAAAGACAAGCAAACAUUAUUUAACCUAGUGUAACACCAGGUCUUUACAGUAAGAGAAAGAGUUUAGAGUGUGAAAUGAUUUUGUUGGACAUAACCAUCAGGUUUCUUACGGUUUGUCAUUUUUCAUUUUAUAACUCGAAAGGGUGUUCACCUUAAACAAUGAGAGUACUUUGCUCUUGAAGUAAAAAACUUUGACAUUUUUUCACUACACAUCAAUUCCCAUCAUGGUUGCACGUAAUUUUUUUGUUUAUAAUUGAACCUCUCUUGAGACUCUGGCCAAACUUUUCAUGCCAUGUUUUACUGCUUUAUUUGGGCAUUUCUUGUUAUCCUAUUAUGUGAUAAUGCGAAAGAAAUGUGAAUGCCACCAAGAUACCAAGCUAGUCACCUCUGCUUGUACAUAAUAGUUAUACUGUAAUAUUGAUCAUGAACAUUUUCCGACUGGAACAUGACACAGGUUCACUGGACUUAACAACUACAGUGGGUAAUUAAAUGGUAACAGCAUUACUUUGCUUAAAACAUACCAACAUGGGUGUGUAAAUCAUUACCAAAUCAGACUUUAGUUUAUUUAAACAAUCGUUUUGAGAUAGUGGAAGACAUCAAAAAAAAUUAAUGCAUAUCAUUGAAAGAGACACGUAUUCAUUUUAAAAUGCCUGACCUAAGUUAAGGAUAAACAAAUGUUUCAACAAAACUGCCACCUUCAGUGUUUUGUCGACCUGCUUGUGUACAAUGAUACUGCACUGUGUUGAGUAGGUAGAUACAGCUCUCUUACGUUCACCCAACAACUGAACCACACACUUCUACAUUUUUUUAUUAAGAUAACUAGAAUAUCAACCUAGAAGAAACUGGAGUGACUAGUGAAAAAUUGUACAAUCCCUUUGUUUUUAUGUCAGCGUUUGGACUUAAUAGCCUUUAUCAAAAGUUUACAUUGUCUGGAGGGUUAACUUUUUCUCUGUAAUGGUGCCUGUGAUGCUAUGUGACCAAUAAUAAUAUCUUGUGAAACCUUAUUUGUAAAAGUUGUGAAUUACUGAAUAUUUUUAAUGCAUCGAAAUAUUAAGUGAAACAAAAAGAUAUAUGUAUGUAACCAUAUUGCAGAUUUGAAUUAAUUUAAUUGUUUAAAAAAACAACACUUUGGGGAAUUUGGAAUGUUCUAUGUAUUUGAAAACAAAAAAUAAUAAUCAAUGUGUUAUGCUUUUAAAUAUCAAUAUGCCUGAAAUUACCUGAAGCAUACACAGAGUUGUACCAAGCAUAUUUGAAUGCACCCUUAGCAUGGACCACAAAAUGUACGUGAGUGGCUUGGUAAGUGUUCUCUAUGUUUACCAAUGUGUCUCAUCACAUCUUUAGUGUAGUCCUGCUGUCUUCUGCUGUUUCAUUGCCUAAAAUGACCACGAGACAUGGAACUUAUAUAGCUAAUGAUGGUUAAAUAUCAUUUUUCUCAAUUCAUUUUAAACUAAUGUGGUGUUUUGGGUUUUUUUUUUUUUAAACUUGUGUGUUUUCAGUUAUUAUUACUGCAGGGUUAAAAAAAAAAAAAAAAAAAAAAACCUUUCAAUAAAAAUAAUGCAUUAUGUAACUGUGCACAAGCGGUAUUGGAAAACCUUUUGAAAAAUGUGCUAGUGCAUUAAUAAAAGUAUUUAUAAAAAUGUGA